CUCCUAGGCGAGAGCCCAAUAUACCGCCAACGGGACCAAACACUCCACUACAUCGAUGUUCUCAUCUCCACUAUCCACAUAAUCCAUAUAUCUGUCCCGGACAAACGGAGAUCCAUUACGUGUCCUGAACCAGUUGCCUCGGUGAAUCUCUGUGAGGGCAAUGAUGAUGCUGGUGGAUACUUGGUUUGUACAUAUACAGGUAUUGCAAGGCUUUCGGAGGAUGGAGAAUGGACAGCUUUGAAGGAGCUUGUGACCGAUAAGGAGAGGGGGAAGGUGCGCUUGAAUGAUAGUGCGGUUGAUGGUAAGGGACGGUUGUGGGUUGGGUCGUUGGAUAUUUGGCUCGAUGGAUCGGAUGUGAAACGCCCGUAUAUCCCAGAUGGAUAUGAACCGCUUGGCUCGCUAUAUCGAUAUGACCCUGAUGGGUCGUUGCAUACGAUUAUCGACGGGGGAAUUGUUUGUUCAAAUGGGAUUGGCUGGACCGGUGAUUAUUGUACUAUGUUCCAUACGGAUUCGUUUCGGCAGACUAUUUGGGCGUUUGAUUAUAAGCUGGAGAGUGGAGAUAUUUGCAAUCGGAGAGUACAAGUGGAUCGAUCGGGACAGGAGGGAGAGCCGGAUGGAUUGGUGGUUGAUACUGAGGGGUGUUUGUUCACGUUCAUCUGGGAGGGAUCGAUGGUGGAGAAGUAUGAUCCUACCGGGGGGCUUGUUCGACGGUGGAGAUUAGAUGCCCAUAAUGUGACGCAUGGAGCUUGGGCUGGUGAGAGAAUGGACCAACUGUUUGUGACCACGGCCAAAGGGAAACGGACGGAUCAGGGUGGGGGGCUGUUC